UGGACAGCAGAGUCACCGCGCGCCACGCGUGUACAGCUGAGCACCGCCACACUCGAGCUGUUACUUUUGUUAUGCAAAAGCAGACAAUACCACAGCUCGCAUCGUCAGGUCAGCUGACGUUGGUGAUGGUCAGGCAUCGUCUCGCCGCCCACCCCCUUUCACCUCCGCCUCUCCUCUAGUCUCGGGAUCAGACGGCGUAGACCAACCGACCGCAUUUCUAAAGUUUCCACCUCCCAGGCACAGAGGGGCUGCGUGUUCCUCAGGAGAUCAAGCGCGCUUUACCGCAGUUACGAGUGCCGUCCCACCCGAGAUAGCACACCUUUCUGGGCGUUUCUGCAGAGGAUCACUAACCACCGCAAUAGCAGACCGAAUAGAUAUUAUUUUCUUUUUUUUUUAAUAUCUUAGGUUUCAUAAAUUGCGGUUGCCGUUUUUGUGCAGCACUAUAUUGACCCGUCGUCGCCCAAACAGAGGACCGGCAGCAUGUUGCUGGAGCACCCGGGAACGAGCUGUCAGAACUCAGGGAAUUUCUCCCGAUACGGUUCGAGCCAAGAGAUCCCAGUGUGUGCGGGCUGCAACCAGCACAUCGUGGACCGCUUCAUCCUCAAGGUGCUGGACCGCCACUGGCACAGCAAGUGCCUCAAGUGCAGCGACUGCCAGUCCCAGCUGGCCGAGAAGUGCUUCAGCCGGGGGGACAGCGUGUACUGCAAAGAGGACUUCUUUAAGAGAUUUGGGACAAAAUGCGCCGCGUGUCAGCAAGGCAUCCCGCCCACCCAGGUGGUGCGCCGGGCGCAGGACUUCGUGUACCACCUUCACUGCUUCGCCUGCAUCGUUUGCAAACGGCAGCUCGCCACGGGGGACGAGUACUACCUGAUGGACGACAGCCGGCUCGUGUGCAAGGCAGACUACGAGACAGCCAAACAGAGAGAAGCCGACUCGACUGCCAAGCGGCCGCGAACCACCAUCACAGCCAAGCAGCUAGAGACGCUGAAGAACGCCUACAAUAACUCACCGAAGCCCGCCCGCCACGUACGGGAACAGCUCUCCUCCGAGACGGGCCUCGACAUGCGGGUCGUGCAGGUGUGGUUCCAGAACCGGCGAGCGAAGGAGAAGCGUCUGAAGAAGGACGCGGGCCGCCAGCGCUGGGGCCAGUACUUCCGCAACAUGAAGCGGUCCCGGGGCAGCUCCAAGUCGGACAAGGACAGCAUCCAGGAGGAGGGCAUGGACAGCGACGCUGAGGUCUCCUUCACAGACGAGCCCCCCAUGUCGGAGCUGGGCCACACUAACGGCCUGUACAGCAGCAGCCUGAGCGAUUCGUCCCCGGCCAUCGGGGGGCGCCAGACGGGGAACAGCAACAGCAACAACCACGGCUCUUCCUUCCCCCUGGAGCACGGCGUCCUGCCGUCCCAGGACCAGUUCCACGACAUCCGCUCCAACAGCCCCUACGCACUGCCGGGCUCCCCGGGCUCGCUGCAGGCUCUGCCCAGGCACCCCCCUCUCGUCUCGGGCCUGGUGUACCCGGAGUCGGGGAUCUCGAUCAUGAGCCAGGGCGGAGGCCCCGGGAUGAACCCCGCCAUCAGGGGCUUAGCCCUGGGCCACGGCGCCAACGGGCCCCACUCCGACCUGUCCACGGGCAGCAGCGGCGGUUACCCGGACUUUCCCGCCAGUCCUGCGUCCUGGUUGGACGAGGUAGACCACGGGCAGUUUUGAUUGGUUUAUUGGGAAGGAUUUUGACUUUUCCCCUUUGGUGGCGGUGGGGGUGUAGAUUAAGCUAUGAAAUAGUCACGAUGGACUGCAGGUCGCAGGAAAAGAGGAAAGCACUCGGAUGGACGGUUCUGGCGGGGAUGUGUUCGGAUCUUUCGUUCGGUAUCACCUCAUAUCAGGUUCAAGUUCAAUUCGCUUUCAGACAAUACAAGAUAGUAGAAAUGUCAAUACAUCAACGCACUUGCCUCAAAUUUCAGCCUCCGUCAAACAACAUAAUGUGAAAAUCCAGAAUACUUUGGACAAUCUUGUCGGAAUUGGCACGAUAAAACUACAACCCCGCUCAUGGGACCGUUUCAAACCAUAGUUACAAAUGAAUUUUUUUACCCUACUGUCCCAAUCUCACCUCCUUUUGUCUCGUUUUAUACAUCUCAAUGUCCUUAGGUGCAGAUUUUGGUUCAAAAGUCAACGUCUUUAGGUGUCUGGUUGUUGCCAAAUGUCUAUAUAAAUAAACUACAUAUAUAUAUAUAUAU